CACGUUGUUGAUGUUUGAAAUAUCAAAUGUCAAGUAUCAACAUCUAAAACUCCAAACCCAAACGCUUCUUAGUUUCUCAGUAAUCCUCUUUGUCUACUCGCCAAGUACUAGUUUAUUUAAAAUUUCAUUACCGAGUAACCUUCAAAUUCAAAUAUUUUUACAUAAAUUUAUAAUUUAUCUGUUAAAGAAAUUGGUAAUUAAUUGAUUUAAUUAAUAAUCAUGGCUAAUGGAAUUGAUCCAGUUUUUGGUGUUAGCCUCAGAGAUUUGAUGUCAGACGAUGGCGUAGUAUUUAAUUACGGCAAUGAAUUUAAUGAAAAUGAGGAACGUUUCAAAUUUGAUCCGAAUAUAAAUUUUACCGAUGAUGAAUUACUUAAAUUUAUGAAUCUUGAGAUAUCAGACGAUGAAGACAAUGAUGACGAUCAAAAGAAUGGUGAUGAUGCUGACAAACAUAAAACCCCUGUGUCACCGGGUCUUAAUUUUGAUAAAAUUAAACAUAAAAUGGAAAAUUUAGGUGACAAUGAUAAGAUAAAGAAGUUAGUCCUCCAAAAAGGUAUCGGAGAAAUAAUCCCAGCAGAUUCUCAAGUAGCAAUAAAAUAUUCUGGUUAUCUCGAAGGUCAAGACAAUCCAUUUGAUUCAACUUAUCAACGUCAUUCAGUGAAUCGCUGUCGUUUAAAUCAGGGUGAAUUAAUUUGGGGAUUGGAUAUAUCGGUUCAGAGUAUGCGAAAACAUGAAGUGUCAAUAUUUUUAAUUGACCCAAGUUUAGCUUACGGUGAAAUGGGUUGUUGGCCAACCAUACCUGGUAAUUCAGAAGUAAUGUUUAUUGUUCAUCUAAUGGAUUACGCAGACAACAUUGCUGCUGAUGAUUACAAGGCACUUGAACCAGAAGAACGUAGAAUGUUUGUUAAAAUUGAGAAAUCAAUUAAACAAUUGUUAGUUACUGGUGCAGAUAAUUAUAAACGUGGACAAACAAAACUCGCUAUUCGUGAUUAUAAACGUGCUGUUGAUCGCUUAGAAGAUACUAAGUUGGAUAACGACCAAGAAGAAGAACGUUACAAUUCAUUAUUAUCUCGUGCUUACCAAAAUUUAGCACUUUGUUACAAUAAAGAAGAUAUGCCGCGCAAAGCUUGCAUUGCUUGUAAUAAUGUUAUUAAUAAAACCACUAAAACUUAUUUUCACUACGGACGUGCAUUAAUUAAAAUGGGCGAAUAUGAAGAGGCAUUAGAAAAAUUAUACAUUGCACUAGAAAUGAAUUCGGGUAAUGAGGAAAUAAUGAAAGAACUUGAGUUAGCUGAUAGACUAAGUCAAAAAAGUAUAGAAAUUCAAGAAGCUAUGAGGUCGAAUUGUUUGACUAUGAAAAAUUUACCAUUAGAUACUAAAAAUGAAGAGUACCAAAAAUUAGCUACUGAAUUUUGUAAUGAUUUUAUUAAUAAUAAUGAUGUUCUGAGACAACCAUUACCCGAUAGAAUUGAUCCAUUGCUUAAAGAUACAAUUAGAAAAAUUGCAUUAUUGAUGGGCAUUAAGGUUUCUUCAGUAGAUAAAGAUAAGAAAAAAAGUUUAUACCUCGAAAAAUCGCAUUAUCAGUAACAAUGUUAUUUUUGUUUCAUCGAAUAUUUCUAUUUUUUUAUUGGAUAGAGAUUUUAACGAGCUAAUUUUGUCGGGAAAUCAAACAUGACUUAAAGUACUGUUUAAUAAGAGUUAUUAAUUGUCAAUAAAUAUUUGUUAACUAAACAAUGUAUGAGCUUACCAGUGGGGAACUAAAGUAGAAAUAGGCAGACAAUAACGGGUAGUAAAAGUAAAGCUGUAGCUCAUUGAUAUCGUCCAAUAUAUAAUAAUACAUUUGUGUUAGUAUAACAUAGACGAGCAGACGAAUUUCAUUUUUUUUUUUUAGUAAUCAUUUGUUCCAUUGUUUGGGUACGGAACAUUUAUUUCUUAACUAUUAUAUUUGUAUUAAAUCCCAGCUUUAACGAUAGAUAGUUUGUUUAAUGCCUUGAUAACUCGUUUUCGAUUUUUUGAAUCGAUCCCUAACUACAGUCGACUACUCGUCAUAAGCCUGAUCUAGGGCACGUAGGGGAAAUGUUUCUUAGAAUUUUAGUCUUCCCACUAUCGUGCGUUUAGUUUUGUUUUCGACUACCCGUUAUAAGACUGUUUUAAUUUAUAUAAUUUUAAACGUCAUAUUUACAUUUUGUUACAUACGCGACUAUCCCGAUUUUCUUGUUGCUUAUAGCGCUAAAAUAAAUACCUAUCUUCUUACACUAAUAAUAAUUAUAAUGCAAAAAAUUAUAAUGAUAACGGUAUUGAUUACAGUAAUAAUUAAAAUAAUAAUUUUAUUGAGGAACUUAUUGCUCAAUAAAACUUUUUCAUAGUAACUGAAGCUUUGAAUAUAAUUAAUGAUUACAAUUAUGAACAAUAAAUUAUAUUUAACUUAAUAAUGAUUAAAUUAUUCUCCGCGAAACAUAGAUAAAAAAUUUUCAUCAUUAAUUUGUCUAUUUUUCCUAUUCUUACUUUAUAAUUUUGACAAUUUUAACGGAGGCUUAUAACGGGCUCACAAUCUUACUAUUAGUAUUAGUAAAAGUGGUGAUGAUUUGAAUAAUGAAAACAAUUUAAGCCUCUUUAUGAAACUAAUUUGCUUAGUUUGAUUAAGACCUAUUUUUUUUUUUUACUAUUCAUUGAAAUAUUAGUAAUACUUUUUAAUUAAUCAUUGGUAAUUGAUUAGUAUUAUAGCAAAGUCAUGCACUGUCUAUAUUUGCAGAAAAUUUUGUCGUAUCACAAAUUGAAAUAAAAUCUAUACAUUGAAAAUAGCUCAUAAUUUUGAAAUGAUUCAAUUAAGUUAAAUAUAUCAUCACCCGAUUUAUACAGCUUUUGAAAAAUUACAAUAUAAAUUUAUAUUAGUGUCUGCUAAUUUUUCAGAAUAUUUGCAUACUUGUAUAAAUUAACAAUAUUCUUUGGACUAUUCAUUCAUUUAUUAUAUUGUAAUCGGAAAAAAGAUAGAAAUGUUUGAUUUAUGGACAACAUUUUGAUUAAACUUAUGUACUUAAAAGAGUUGAGACUAAAGAUCAUAAUUUUGAUUUUGUACUUUUAUGUUUAGUUUUCUAUGAAUAAACACACAUUACGAAAAUAUAAAUGUAAUGUUUCAGAAUUGCAUUGAUUAAGAAAGCUGGAUUUAAACUCAAAUUGGUUUAAAUGAUCCUAAAAUUAGCCGAUACAUAACAAUUUUGGAUUUUUUUUUCAGCAUAAAAACUUAGUUUGAAAAAAAAUUUGCACUCGCAAAAAUUAAAAAAAAUUAUAUAUAAAUUUUUUCUAAAUGUCCCUUUUUAUUAUUACUUAUGUAAAGAAAAUAAAUAAUUGUCAAGUAUCGACUAAUCUCGAGAUUAUUUAUCUGUCAUUACUAAUUAGUAUUGUUGCACUUGUUAUAAUUCAUUAUAUUUCUUU